CAACUCACGUCAACCAUCUUGUUCCGAAAACAAGCCUAAUUCUUUUUCGCGUGAUUGUCCUCCCAGAAACAUGAAGAUCGGGUUGUGCUCUUACUCCGGGUACAAGAUUUACCCUGGCCAUGGCAGACGCUUGGUCAAAACAGACGGUAAGGUAUUUAAUUUUCUAAGCUCUCGCUGCCUGGCAGCUCAUUUGCUGAAGCGCAACCCCCGUGAGUGCCGCUGGACUGUUUUCUACCGCCGAAAGCACAAGAAAGGUACUGAGGAAGAGACGGUUAAGAAGAGGACUCGCAAGACAGUGAAGUACCAACGUGCUAUCGCCGGCACGUCGUUAACUGAGCUACUUGCCAAGAGAAACCAAAAGCCGGAGGUUCGUAAAGCUGCUCGUGAACAGGCUAUCCGUGCCGCCAAGGAAAAGCAACGGGCCAACCAGGCUGCUAAGAAGCCUGCCCAGGUCGCGGCAAAGAAACCCACACAGGUUAUGCAAAAGGCUGUCAAGGUGACACAGAAGACGGCACCUCGAGUCGGUGGAAAGCGAUAAGUUGGAUCCAUGAUAACUCCCUUGUGUGUAGUCAUCAUCAAUGUGGAGUGAAUUAAGGGGACAAUAAAUCUGACCGCGAUUUUUUGGGAA